AUGUCCGGAUACUUUUCCGUCAGCCAGGUCGCCAGCCAUAACUCCGAGAACGACUGCUGGGUCAUCAUCCAUGACAAAGUCUACGAUGUCUCUAACUUCUUGAACGACCACCCCGGUGGAAAGAAAAUCAUCUUGAAGAACGCCGGAACUGAUGCCACCAAGCAGUUCGAUGCCUUCCACAACCCUGGUGUCCUUGAGAAGUAUGGCGCCCUCUGCAUCGGAAGCAUUGGUGAACCACCCAAGGCUGGCACUGAGGAGGACUCCUCCGCUGCCGUCUCUGUCGAGGAUGACGAGUUCCAGUUCGGCGAGAUGAUUCCCUAUGGCGAUCCAUCCUGGUACCAGCAGUGGGGAAGCCCUUACUACAAGGAUUCGCAUCGUCGUAUUCGUCGCUAUGUCCGCAAAUUUGUCGACACCGAUAUCAUGCCCUUCGCUCACGAGUGGGACGAGGCCAAGCAGGUCCCCAUGUUCCUCUUCAAGAAGUGCGCCGAGAUGGGUAUCCUCGCUGCCGUUGCUGGCAACGGCACCCUCCCCACCGAGUACUUCAACCUCGAGGACACCACCUUGUUCCGCGGCGGUGACAAUGCCAUCGUACCCCCACAAGAGUUCGAUGCCUUCCACGGCUUCAUCAUCUUUGACGAGCUCUCCCGCUGUGGUUCCGGAGGAGUUCUCUGGGGUAUCCUCGGAGGUCUUGGAAUCGGUCUCCCUCCCAUCAUCAAGUACGGUAGCGAAGAGCUCAAGCGCCGCAUCGUCCCCGAGGUCUUGGCGGGUCGCAAGACCAUCUGCUUGGCCAUUACUGAGCCCCAGGCUGGAUCUGAUGUCGCCAACUUGACCGCUGUCGCCAACGAGAUGGGCGAUGGCUUUAUCGUCAACGGUGAGAAGAAGUGGAUCACUAACGGAACCUUUGCCGACUACUUCACAACCGCCGUCCGCACUGGAGGCGAUGGUAUGGGCGGUGUCAGCUUGUUGGUCAUUGAGCGCGGCAUGCCCGGUGUUACCACCCGUCAAAUGAAGUGCUCUGGUGUCUGGUCCUCUGGAACUGCCUACAUCAACUUCGAUGACGUCAAGGUCCCCCGUGCCAACAUUGUCGGAAAGGAGAACCGCGGAUUCAAGUACAUCAUGAACAACUUCAACCACGAGCGCAUGGGAAUCGUCAUCCAGGCUAACCGUCUCGCUCGUGUCUGUCUCGAGGAGGCCAUCAAGUACGGAAGCAAGCGCAAGACCUUUGGUGUCAAGCUGGUCAACCACCCCGUCCUCCGUAACAAAUUGGCUCACAUGGCCCGCCAAAUCGAGGCAACCCAUGCAUGGACCGAGAACGUCAUCUUCCAGACCAUCAACAUGCCCGAGGAGCUUCAACCCAUCAAGUUGGGAGGCCCCAUUGCUUUGCUCAAGGCCCAAGCGACCCAGACGCUGGAAUACUGUGCUCGUGAGGCAUCUCAGAUCUUUGGAGGACUCGCCUACACUCGUGGAGGACAGGGAGAGAAGGUCGAGCGUAUCUACCGUGAGGUGCGUGCCUAUGCCAUCCCUGGUGGUUCUGAGGAGAUCAUGUUGGAUCUCGGUAUGCGCCAGUCUAUCAAGGUUGCCACGUCGUUGUACGGAGCCAAGCUUUAA